GACGCGAAAGGAUAGCCGGGAGCAGUGUGAACUCUGAGGUAUCAUAACAAAAAUAAAGGCAUGAUUGAGUGGGUUUCGGGUAUUUGGAAGCCCGACAAGUGAAUCUGUCAACUCGCUCUUUUUUUCCGCCUUUGCAUAAUCCCAGUUACUUUAAUCGAAGCAUGAGUGAUUCGCAGAGAAGCAGUUAUCACAGCACCUACAGCUCUCAAACGCUGUUUGACGACGAUAUUGACGAUGAUCAAGCUUUGAAUGACGAUAUUCAGACUGCUUUUGCAAAUAAAGACAGCAUUCUGUUUGCUAUUGACUGCGGGCCGACGAUGCUGGUUCCCGAUGCCAGCGGCAAAAUACCUCUUCGCGUCGCGUUUGCAUGUGUUCAAUCCGUGUUGAUGAACAAAAUCUUUAGCAGCGAAUCAGAUCUCGUGGGCGUCUUACUGUUCAGCACAGAAAAGAAAAGGAACGCCGCCAAUCACGAUCAUAUCUAUGUUCUCCAAAAUCUGGAUGUACCCGACGCUCAUCGCAUCAAGGAAAUGGAAGCACUGGCAAAAGGACCAACCGACUUUGAAAAGGAAUACGGAUCGACCAAAGAAGAAUAUCCAUUCGGCAACGUAUUCUGGACAUGCACAGAUCUCUUUGCAGCAAGCACGCAGAAAAAGGGCACACGACGUAUCUUUCUUAUCACCAAUACAGACAACCCGCACGCAGAUAAUGCGAAUUUGCGUAAUUCCGCAAUCCGACGAGCCAAGGACUUGUGGGAUGUGGGGAUCCGUAUCGAGUUGUUUGGUCUGGAUCAAUCCGACGGUCAUCAUUUCGACUACAAACUAUUUUAUUCAGAAAUCAUGGCAAUGGAAGAUGAAGAAGCAGAUGGUGAUGACGACGAAAGCCGAUUGGAUUCCAAAGACUAUCAAAGUUCAAUGAAUAAGCUGGAAGAGUUGAUGCAAAAGAUCAGACGCAAAGAAGUGAAAAAACGUUCUCAAUUUCGCAUUCCCUUCCAUCUUGCGGAAGGCUUGACGAUUGGUGUACGAGGCUACGCUAUUGUCAUGGAACAGAAAAAGGGCACCCCUAAAAAGGUCGUGACGAGCGGUCGGCAACUCUUGGAAAUCGAUACGCAAACCACCUGGAAAUGCGCAGAUACAGAUCAGUACUUGCUUCCAUUUGAUAUCAAAUACUACUAUGCUUAUGGUGGCGAAAAUAUUGUUUUUACCAAGGAAGACUUGCAAAAGGUUCGCAACUUUGGCGAUCCAGGUUUGGUGCUUAUUGGUUUCAAGCCUCGUGCAUCCUUGUUACCUUACUAUAACAUCACGCAUCCUUACUUUAUCUAUCCGAAUGAAACAGACUAUGAAGGUAGCACAAGAACUUUCUCGGCUCUCCUCCGGACCAUGGUCAAACUCGAUCAAAUCGGCAUUUGCUCUUUCUUCCGCCGCACCAACUCGCUUCCUAAACUCGUCGCUCUCUAUCCACAGCCAGAAGUCCUGGAUAAUAAUCAAGUUCAGAUAACUCCGCCUGGAUUUCACUUGAUUACGCUACCUUUUGCGGAUGACAUCCGACCUCUGCCUGUCGAACAAACCGCUGAUGCCAAUGUGGAUGAAAUUGAUGCUGCCAAGAAAUUUGUGGAAAAAUUAUCAUUUAAUCAAGGAUUCGAUCCUGCCGCCUAUGAAAAUCCUUCUUUGCAACGCCAUUAUGCUACAUUACAAGCUAUUGCGCUUGAAAAGGAAGUCGAUGAAAUUGAGGAUCGAACAUUGCCCAAUACCAAAGUUAUUCACGAGCGAUUGGGCAAGGAUAUCGAACAUUUCAAGACCCUGAUCGGCCAAGAUAUGGAAAUUGAACCUGAAGCUCCGAAGCGCAAAUCACAGGGCGAAUCAACCUCGAGCAAGCGAGCUAAAGGUGCGCUGAGUGUGGAAGAUCAUUGGCGGGACCAAAGUUUGGAUAAGUGCCUCGUGGCGGAACUAAAGACUUGGCUGAAGGAGAAUGGAGUAACGCCGAAAGCACGAAAAGCAGAUUUGGUUCAGCAGGUGUCAAAGCUUUUGGAAUCCCGUCACGCUUGAUCGGUUGCCUUUGGUUCUUUUUUUUCAUAUCGCCUUGAUCAACCGCAGAAUUUAUAAACUCAGCCACGAGACCAUCCGAGACCCUUUGGAGAAAUUUUUAGUCAUAGGCUAACAAAUUUUUUCAUAUAAAAAAAAAGGGUUGGGCGCAUUGAAAAUAAAAAUAAAAAAAAAGUUUU